AUGUUGAGAUCAUCCAUAAUAAAAGUGGGUACCCCCCACGCCUCCAGAUUGUUGCAAGUACGGGCCUUGCAUGCCAGUGCUAACCUUCACAAUGAGCAACCACAGUCUCCAUUGAAGGUCUUCUUCGAUACCUUCAAAUCCGAAGUCAAGAAGUCCAACGAAUUGAAAGAAAACGUCAAAGCAUUACAAGAUGAGUCAGGCAGAGUUGCUGACUCGGAAGCAUUCAGAAAAGCCAAGGAAGCUUAUGACAGAGCUCAAAAGGGUACUUCUGCUGCAGGUAAGGUUGUCAAGAAGACCGCAGGUGCUGUUGGUGGCGCUGCCGUCAAAGCAUGGGACUCGCCAGUGGGAAAGGGUGUUCGUACCACUGUCAGAGUUGGUGCUGAAGCCGCUGACAAGGCUUUCGAACCUGUCAGAAACACACAGGUGUACAAAGAUGUUUCCAGUGUCAUUGACGAUGGUUCCUCGACCGCUUACGGUGGUUUCUUGACCAAGGAACAAAGAGAAGUGUUGAGAAAGAAGGAAUUGCAGGAAAAAUUAAAGAACAAAACAUUGAGACCCGUUAAGGAAGACGAAGAGGCCGGAAGUGCUCUUAUUGCCACCGAGCACAAGGCCACUGGUCCUAGUAUGGGUGAUAAAUGGGAAGACUUCAAACUCAAGUCUCCUGUGGGAAGAGGUAUUGUCUACUUGAAGGAGAAGUGGGAAGACUCAGAAAAUGGCUUAAUCGCCCUUUUGAGAACCAUCAUCGAAAAGGUUACUGGAUUCUUUGCUGAGACUGAAGAAGCCAAAGUUAUCAAACAAUUCAAAUUGAUGGAUCCUGGUUUUAAGGUUGUCGACUUUCAGAAGACCUUGACCAACUACGUUGUUCCUGAAUUAUUGGAUGCCUACAUUAAAAACGAUGCCAGCGUUUUGAAGCAGUGGUUAAGUGAGGCCCCAUACAAUGUCUGGGAGGCCAACAACAAGCAGUUUAUCCAACAAGGAUUGUUUUCUGACGGACGUAUCUUGGAUAUUCGUGGUGUUGAAAUCGUCACCUGUAAGAUGCUCCAACCAAACGACGUUCCUGUCAUUGUUGUCAGCUGCAGAGCCCAGGAAAUUCAUUUGUACAGAAAGGCCAAGACUGGAGAAGUUGCUGCUGGUACCGAAGACCACAUUCAAUUAAGUACCUACGCCAUGGUUUUGACCAGAGUGCCAGAAGAAUUCGAUAACGAAGUCACUGACGGGUGGAAGGUCAUCGAAUUUGCUAGAGGGGGCUCCAGACCAUUCCACUGA